GGAUUUGACAUUCCGGAUUCUAUUGGCGUGGCAGGGCCGAGACUGCCAGACACCCGACCAUGGUGGGUUACUGGGGUGGUGGAACACUGUUGCUUGGCCAGUCGGUCUCGCCUCUGCCUCCCUCGGCCCGCAAUGACAAGGACAGAAUUCUACCCGAAGGCGCCUUGUCCUCUGACUACUUCGUCGAUCUCGCUUCCGGCGGCGCAGGACAAGGAAACCAGCCCGAGGACGGUCCCCCCGGGACCAAAUUCGAUCGCUACCCGUCGGCCUUUCCCAUCGACAUAUUCCCCUCCCCCCGGACCGACAACCCAGGGUCCGGGUCGGACAAGAAGACGCGCCUUCGCGCCCGCAAUCGCGCAGCCGCCGACAUGUACCGUGCCCGCAAGCAGCGUGGUAUAGAGGACCUACAGGCCCAAGAGGCCGCCCUUAGCGCCAUCAAUGAGAGCCUCCGGGACAAGUACGUCAAGUUGCGCGGCGAGGUGCUCAUGCUUAGGGACAUGGUCCUCCAACAUAGGCGCUGCAGGUGCUCCUUUAUCGAGAAAUAUGGGGUGGUUGGCGACCGCGUCGACAAGACGGUGCGACCCAUUGGGGGAUACUUUGGGAGUAAUGAUGGGGUGGCUCGCGCCGCAAGGCAUGCAGGUGGGCGUGUCCAUCACUACAUGGCCUGCGCGGUUGCCCAUGAUUCGGGGCCAGAGAGAGCCCAACUCUUGAGCUUGGCAUUCUUGGGCCACGGUAAAGACCACUUUGUCUUGAUUUACCUUGCUGAGGCUUCCCGCAUGGCCACAAGAAUGUGUUUGUUCGGGGUGGAACCUGCUGUUGCGUUGAGCAAGACGAAUGAGAUUCCUCAGGACAUGCGCUCCGCGAGCUGUUACGCGGCAUGGGGAAUAUUUAACUGGACCAUCCUCACCUCGCUCUUUUAUCAGCAACCCGGGCUGGAGUACCCGGAGUACCCCCCCGUGCUGCCAAUUCCAGUUCGCUCCAACCAGACGUCCCCUCUGCGGAACUUCAGUAAGGUCUCUACCACCCAAGACCAUGAAACCCACACCCUGUGGUACAUGGGGGAAACAUUUGCAUACCUAUGCAAGUUUUGGCAGAUUCUGCAUGGUGUCACGAUAGUCUACCACAAGAGGAAUCAGGAACCCUUCAGGCCUGUCAACGAGCAUGUCUCUGUCGAUUUUGCGGAACGCAAGUAUCGGGAGCUUCUUGCUUUGGCUGAUACUCUACCAUCAUCGCUUAUUCACUCAGGAGACAGCCCCCAUCAUGUCCUAAUCUUCCACUUGUGGUUUCAUGCCGCAAUCCUGGAUAUUUUUCGCCCUUUCAUACAACACCCUGUAGCCCGGCAAUCGCGACUCACAACGUUCUCCUCUUCCGAAAGUUCCCCUGAGGCUGCCUUCAGAGCAUCUUUAACUCAGCUCAAACGUCUUAUAGUUGUCUAUCGCUCUAAAUAUCAGUCGUCUGAGCAUACGAUCCUUUGGCAUACCGCCUUGAUCUACGUUGCCAACGCCGUUCUCCAAGACACACGAGACCCGGAAUGGCAUUUCUACUUCUUGCAAUGCGUUUCCGGGUAUGAGAGCCUACGGAAGUCAUACCGUCUCGCUGAAGUCGUUGGCCGCGCUCUGCUCUCCAUGACUCUGCGCAACGGAGACAUUUCGGGGACAGAGGCUCGGGAGCUUCUACAGCGGUUGAAGCAGAAGGGCUUGGACCACGACACCUCUGACAGAAUUCGGGCCACUUUCAUGGGCGACUUGGAGCUGGCCAUGACGAACCCACGUCAGGCCAGCGUCGAGAACCUAGCCGAACAGUUUGAGGACAUGGCUCUAUGGCAGGAGUUUACCAACACGGAAGGCGUCUGAUACAGAUCUUAUAGAACUGUACUAUGACGUUGAGAGCUUGGAAGUGGCAGGCUACGCGAGUAAGCGGAUCUCCCCAUCAAGAGAGUCCAUCUUGUAUGAAAGGCUGGAUGAACGGUAGGACCUGUGAUUCAGGGAAGAGGGUUCAGCUGAUAGCAAUACGCAGUUUCCAGCCAAAAAGAACUUGGGGAAGGCAGGUCGAUGUUCUGGGCCCCUGCGGCAAGUCUGGAUCGGUCCAAGCCAACACGUCCCCGUGAAGCAGGCAGAACGCCGUACGCGGC